UCUACCCUUCUUCUGCUCCCCACACCUUAAGCUCUGCCCCAGUCCGCUCAUCCUCCUUCUCUCUCAGCCACAAAGAAAGAAAGCUCUGUUGGAAUGCAACCUAAUGCUUUUCUCCCCUCUCUCAAUCCCCGCAAGCUCCCAUUAACAACCUCCCCGUGCCACCAACGCCAUCAGGACAUCUACUUGGGCUGCUCCUCAUUGGUUUAUCAUUUGUCACCCUGCUUGGCUUCCUGGAGCUGUCAUGCCGUCCUCCAUUCUUUCACAUGUUUGUGCAUCUGUCUGUGUGGAUGCGUGCAUGAAAAGCGCAAUCCCUUUUGAUUCUCUGGGACUUCGGGGAAGAAAUUGAGCAUCAACGGAGUCAUGGCAUGCAGCAUUGCUUCCUGUGACAGACGAGAAGGAAGAAGCUUUUGGGUUGUUUGGGCAUUGUAUAAAUACUCUGUGUUGUGACUCAGCUAGAGCCUCAGAGUGACUCUGAUGUGGAUUAUGGGAUUGAGGUUCAAGAUGAUGAGAUUCAGGUUCAAGAUGACUCUGAUGGGAAUUAUGGGAUUCAGGUUCAAGAUGAUGAGAUUCAGGUUCCAGAUGACUCUGAUGGGAAUUAUGGGAUUCAGGUUCAAGAUGAUGAGAUUCAGGUUCCAGAUGACUCUGAUGGGAAUUAUGGGAUUCAGGUUCAAGAUUAUGAGAUUCAGGUUCCAGAUGACUCUGAUGGGAAUUAUGGGAUUCAGGUUCAAGAUGAUGAGAUUCAGGUUCAAGAUGACUCUGAUGUGGAUUAUGGGAUUCAGGUUCAAGAUGAUGAGAUUCAGGUUCAAGAUGACUCUGAUGGGAAUUAUGGGAUUCAGGUUCAAGAUGAUGAGAUUGAGGUUCAAGAUGACUCUGAUGUGGAUUGUGGGAUUCAGGUUCAAGAUGAUGGGAUUCAGGUUCAAGAUGACUCUGAUGGGAAUUAUGGGAUUCAGGUUGAAGAUGAUGAGAUUCAGGUUCAAGAUGAUGAGAUUCAGGUUCAAGAUGACUCUGAUGGGAAUUAUGGGAUUCAGGUUUAAGAUGAUGAGAUUCAGGUUCAAGAUGACUCUGAUGUGGAUUAUGGGAUUCAGGUUCAAGAUGAUGAGAUUCAGGUUCAAGAUGACUCUGAUGUGGAUUAUGGGAUUCAGGUUCAAGAUGAUGAGAUUCAGGUUCAAGAUGACUCUGAUGUGGAUUAUGGGAUUCAGGUUCAAGAUGAUGAGAUUCAGGUUCAAGAUGACUCUGAUGUGGAUUAUGGGAUUCAGGUUCAAGAUGAUGAGAUUCAGGUUCAAGAUGAUGAGAUUCAGGUUCAAGAUGACUCUGAUGGGAAUUAUGGGAUUCAGGUUUAAGAUGAUGAGAUUCAGGUUCAAGAUGACUCUGAUGUGGAUUAUGGGAUUCAGGUUCAAGAUGAUGAGAUUCAGGUUCAAGAUGACUCUGAUGUGGAUUAUGGGAUUCAGGUUCAAGAUGAUGAGAUUCAGGUUCAAGAUGACUCUGAUGUGGAUUAUGGGAUUCAGGUUCAAGAUGAUGAGAUUCAGGUUCAAGAUGACUGAUGGGAAUUAUGGGAUUCAGGUUCAAGAUGAUGAGAUUCAGGUUCAAGAUGAUGAGAUUCAGGUUCAAGAUGACUCUGAUGUGGAUUAUGGGAUUCAGGUUCAAGAUGAUGAGAUUCAGGUUCAAGAUGACUCUGAUGGGAAUUAUGGGAUUCAGGUUCAAGAUGAUGAGAUUCAGGUUCAAGAUGACUCUGAUGUGGAUUAUGGGAUUCAGGUUCAAGAUGAUGAGAUUCAGGUUCAAGAUGACUCUGAUGGGAAUUAUGGGAUUCAGGUUCAAGAUGAUGAGAUUCAGGUUCAAGAUGACUCUGAUGGGAAUUAUGGGAUUCAGGUUCAAGAUGAUGAGAUUCAGGUUCAAGAUGACUCUGAUGUGGAUUAUGGGAUUCAGGUUCAAGAUGAUGAGAUUCAGGUUCAAGAUGAAUCUGAUGGGAAUUAUGGGAUUCAGGUUCAAGAUGACUCUGAUGUGGAUUAUGGGAUUCAGGUUCAAGAUGAUGAGAUUCAGGUUCAAGAUGACUCUGAUGGGAAUUAUGGGAUUCAGGUUCAGAGUGUUCCUGCUGUGGCAGAUGAGGAGCAGGGAGGCUUUCCCAUGGUAGGGAAUGGUGUUGAUGAUACUGAAGCUAGCCAGGUGCAAAGGGAGGACAGCUCCCAGUCUGAUAGCAGGCAGACAUACACUAAUGCUAAUGAGCUGUCUGGCUUUUGGAUCUUUGUAUCGAGCUGGCUGUUUGGAAUUCAGGAUUCGCAGGAGUGCUUGAAUAGCAAACGAGGGAGGUCAGAGGCCAAAGAAAUGCGUUCAUGCUAUGCAAAGGGUAUUAAAAGAGUGUGCUGAGAGAGAAAUCUUUGUCAAAGCAACUUCUCGUUUGAGUCAAGAAGCCAGCUCUAGCUUUCUCAGAUUGUCUUGCAGCUUUGGUGUAUUCAUGUUUCUUGGGACCUGAGGUGCAACACUGUUGCUCUUCAGCCUUGUUUGCUUGACAAAGGGUGCCAUGUGCCAGCUCCCUGUGCCUGUUUUUUGAGAGCAUUGUAGAAGAGAUAUGGGUCACAAUCUCUUCUCAGCGUGUUGUUGAAGGCUUUCAUGGCCGGAAUCACUGGAUUGCUGUGAAUUUUCCAGGCUGUCUGGCUAUGUUUCAGAAGCAUUCCCUCCUGACGUUUCACCCACAUCUACGGCAGGCAAAACGUCAGGAGAGAAUGCUUCUGGAACAUGGCCAUACAGCCCGGAAAACUCACAGCAACCCAGUGAUCACAGCCAUGAAAGCCUUCGACAAGCCCAGUUUAGUUUUGUUUAUAUGGAGGAAGAUUCAAAAAGGCAGCCUGAAAUGGGAGACUGGUUUGCCUCCUUACUGAGAUCUUGACCCAGGUGAUGCAAAUAUCUAUCUAUCUAUCUAUCUAUCUACGAGGGCUAUCCACAAAGUAGAUUACGUUUUGGAAUUAAAAAUGAACAAAGUAUAGGAAAAAACAUUUACCAUAUGCAGUUGCAAGCCAAUACUACUUCUCAACAUAGUCGCCAUUCAAAUCUAGGCACUUGUCAUAGCGAUGAAUGAGCUUGGCAACUCCUUCUCCACUAAAUUCUGCCGCUUGCGUCCUCAACCACUUGUUUCCAACAGUGGGGGCAUGGCUGGCAACACAGUGUUUUGGCAACAUUGCGCAGCUGCGGAAAGAGGAGACUGGCUGGUUGAGGACGGAAGCGGCAGAGUUUAGUGGGGAAGGAGUUGCAAAUCUCAUUCAUCGCUAUGAUAAGUGCCUAGAUUUGAAUGGCGACUAUGUUGAGAAGUGGUAUUUGGGUGUGGCUUUCAACUGCAUAUGGUAAAUGUUUUCUCCUAUACUUUUUGAGGACGCAAGCAGCAGAGUUUUGUGGGGAAGGAGUUGCCAAGCUCAUUCAUCGCUAUGACAAGUGCCUAGAUUUGAAUGGCGACUAUGUUGAGAAGUGGUAUUUGGGUGUGGCUUUCAACUGCAUAUGGUAAAUCUUUUCUGCUAUACUUUUUGAGGACACAAGCAGCAGAGUUUUGUGGGGAAGGAGUUGCCAAGCUCAUUCAUUGCUAUGGUAAGUGCCUAGAUUUGAAUGGCGACUAUGUUGAGAAGUGGUAUUUGGGUGUGGCUUUCAACUGCAUAUGGUAAAUGUUUUCCCCUAUACUUUUUGAGGGUGCAAGCGGCAGAGUUUUGUGGGAAAGGAGUUGCCAAGCUCAUUCAUCACUAUGAUAAGUGCCUAGAUUUGAAUGGCGACUAUGUUGAGAAGUGGUAUUUGGGUGUGGCUUUCAACUGCAUAUAGUAAAUGUUUUCUUCUAUACUUGGUUCAUUUUUAAUUCCAAAACAUAAUCUACUUUCUGGAUAGCCCUCGUAUCUAUCUAGUAGCUCAUGACCGCCUGUCUUCCCUUUCUAUCUGAUUGUCUUCUUUUCAGUGUUGUGUUCUCUUCCUUUCCUUUCUCUGUCUCUCUCUCUCACUCCUGGCUGUUGCUUGAUCCUGAUUGAACGUGGUUCCGCCAUUGCCACCCCGCAGUUUGCCUCCGCCCUACGUUCAGCUUUUCUCUUUUGCCCUGUGAGCAAAAUCCAACUCCGCAAUGCCAGCUUUCCGCCCAUGGCAGAAGAAACCCUGUCUUGAUCCUUUUUGCCUGCAGGUUGCAUGAAGAAGAUGGAUUCACUUGUUUGGUUUUAUAAAAAAAAAACAUACAUCCUUUGAGCAAGAGGGACUGAUUUAAGAGAUGGGUCUAUCUCUUACUUGCUUGAGGGUGGCCUUGAGACGGAAAGGGCAAAAAAGUAUAUCUUAGCACCUCCUGAAAUUUUGUAAAUAAAGUUCUCUUCAAGGGUGAUUCAUUCAAGCACAGAACUCGGAAUCACGGCUUCUUGCUGUUAUUUCGAUACUUAAAAAUCACAUCCCCAGACAUCAUGAAACAAGAGAGGCAAGACAGGCAGAUCAUAUCCCCGAACAUAAGCAUAAGAAUGAGCAAGAUUUCAGGGGGGAACCAGAAACAAACGCCUACGCACACAUUAGGCAUUAGUUCUCAGCGGUUGAAGUUGGAUCUGAUAUACUAUGGGAAAGAGUGGAAGAAGGGAGUGCAGAAGAGCUCAGGAAAGACUGGGUUGCUGUGAGUUUUCCGGGCUGUAUGGCCAUGUUCGAGAAGCAUUCUCUCCUGACGUUUCACCCACAUCUAUGGCAGGCACCCUCACAGGUUGUGAAGUCUGUUGGAAACUAGGCAAGUGGGGUCUAUAUAUCUGUGGAAAGUCCAGGGUGUGGGAAAGAACUCUUGUCUGCUUGAGGCGAGUGUGAGUGUUGUAAUUAAUCACCUUGAUUAGCAUUGAAUAGCUUGCUUCAAAGUCUGGCUGCUUCCUGCCUGGGGGAAUUCUUUGUUGGGAGGUGUUAGCUAGCCCCGAUUGUUUCCUAUCUGGAAUUCUCCUGGUUUUUUUAGUGUUCUUUAUUUACUAAGCCACUAAUUCCAAUAGAAAACCAAUCUCAAAUAUAUAUAUACAGUACAGUCUCACUUAUCCAAGCUAAACGGACCGGCAGAAGCUUAGGAAUUUAGCACUGAAAUAUCACGAUAUAUUGAAAACAUUGACUACAAAAAUGGCUUGGAUAAUCCAGAACCUUGGAUAAGCGAAAGUCUACUGUAUAUGUGUGUGUGUGUGUGUGUGUGUGUGUGUGUGUGUGUGUAUAUAUAUAUAUAUAUAUAUAUAUAUAUAUAUAUAUAUAUAUACAGUAGAGUCUCACUUAUCCAAGGUAAACGGGCCGGCAGAAGCUUGGAUGAGCGAAUAUCUUGGAUAAUAAGGAGGGAUUAAGGAAAAGCCUAUUAAACAUCAAAUUAGGUUAUGAUUUUACAAAUUAAGCACCAAAACAUGUUGUACAACAAAUUUGACAGAAAAAGUAGUUCAGUACGCAGUAAUGUUAUGUUGUAAUUACUCUAUUUACAAAUUUGGAUAAGCGAGUCUUGGAUAAAUGAGACUCUACUAUAUAUAUGUGUGUGUGUGUGUGUGUGUGUGUAUGAGAUUGGUUUUCUAUUGUAAUUAGUGGAUUAGUGUCUUUGUGAUUCAAGGGAAUCCAUUUUCUUUUUAGUUCUUUAUUUACUGUUCCGAUUCUAGAGUCGUUUAAUACUGGGAGCCAGAUUUUGUUCAUUUUCAUGUUGGAUGGACUUUGUUGAACCACUACACAGAGAAGCCAUUGACAUCCACAAGCAUGUGCACAACUUCAACAGAAACUAUGAAAAUGAACAAAAUCUGGCCACCAGUAUUUAAAAAAAAACUCCAAAAUCAGGACAGUAAAUAAAGAGCAACACUCUGAAAACAGGGGAAUUCUAGACAGGAAACAAUCAGGGCCUGGUAACACCUCCCAACAAAAGAUCCCCCCAGAAAGCAGCCAAGUUUUGAAGCUGCAAGGCUAUUCAAUGCUAAUCAAGGUGGCCAAUGACAACAUCCAACCUUGCCUCCAACAGACAAGAGUUCUUUUUUCCACCCAAGAGAUAUAUAAACCUCCCUUGCCUAGUUUCCAACAGACCUCACAACCUUGAGGAUGCCUGCCAUAGAUGUGGGCAAAACAUCAGGAGGGAAUGCUUCUAGAACAUGGCCAGACAGCCCGGAAAACUCAUAUCAAUUCAGUGAUUCUGGCUAUGAAAACCUUCGACAGCACAACAUGCCUGAUGUUUACACACAUAGCCAUUCCCAUCCCAUUGGAAGCUCUAUAGGUCAUCUUUGCUUCUGGACACCAAAUAUAUGAACAUCAGGGCCAUGGAGCUGGAGGCGAUGAAGCCAGCAGGUGCCUACUGCUUCUCCAUGUGUUCACUGAACAGUUGAAAAAUUUUCCAGAGAGGGCUUUGGUGUGGCAGAAUGCUUAUUCAUGAUCGGUUGGCAAGUGAGCAAUAGUCCAAGUCUAGUCCAAGUCAUUUUGAUAUGUGAGAUGAAAGACAUCCUGGCCUUUCCUUUCCUUUUUGGCCACAAAAACUGCCCUGGGGACCACACUUUAACAUCUGCAACACAAGACAAUUGUCUCACUCUCCUGACUAUUAGAACCGAUCAUUAUUUAGUAAUAACUAGCUGUGCCCAGCCACGCGUUGCUGUGGCAAAGUGUAGUAUGGGAAAUAAAGUAUUGAGGAACACAACUAGGACACGAAGUGAGCAAGGCCUAAAGGGGGCGGGGCCUACCCUUCUGACUGGCAGCCAGGGGGAGAAUGGCUCUUCCUCGUCCUCUAUAAUUUGGACUUUAUUUUUCUAGGUUUUUUUGAUUGAAAGACAUAGAUUGGAUGACGAUGUCUUUUGUGGCCAAAUUCGGUGCGAUUUGGUUCAGUGGUUUUGUUGUUUACUCCAUGGGGAAAAUGCACAUUACAUCUCUCUAUAUAUAUAUAAAAGGGUAAUGGAAUUUCGGCCUAGGACAAAACAACAAAACGACACAUCCCAGAAACACUAAACUUGGCAGCACAACCCCUCAUCCAGGCCUCUACGUUCAUACAACAAAAAGAAAAGAAAAAUAAAGUCCUAAUUAGAGGGAGAGGAAUAAUUGUUUUUAUCCAAUUGUUGCCAGUUAAAAGGCUAAGCUCUGCCCACUUGAUCUCCUAGCAACCCACUCAGCCCAGGGGACAGGCAGAGUUAGGCCUCACUUAGGCCUCUUCCACACUGCCUAUAAAAUACAGAUUAUCUGAUUUGCACUGGAUUAUAUGGCAGUGUAGACUCAAGGCCCUUCCACACAGCUAUAUAACCCAUUUAUAAUCUUAUAUUAUCUGCUUUGAACUGGAUGAUCUUGACUCCACACUGCCAUAUAAUCCACUUCAGUGUGCAGUCAGACACAACUGGACUUCAUGUCAGGAGAAAAACUUUACCCUUUACCUUAACUACCACCAAUUCCUCAGUACUUUAUUUCCCAUACCACCAUACUUUGCCACAGCAACGCGUGGCCGGGCACAGCUAGUCUAUAUAUAUAAAAAGGAAAUGGAAUUUCGGCCUAGGAGUAAACAACAAAACUGAAAGCCACAGAACCACAAAACUUGGCAGCAGAACCCAACAACCUUGCCGCUAGGUUCCUACAACAAAACCCAACAUCUGGAACCGAACAGGGAGCCAAAAACACAUAAAACAGGGGAAAACUAUCUGCGCCUGCGCAAACCACAAACUGGCACGCACCCAACACACACACUCCUCAACCAUUGCUCAGGCCAUUACAUGCCAAUCAAGGUGACUAAUAACACCAUUCAUACCUCCCGCACAGAGACUACUCAUUGUUUUCCAACUCACCAAACAAGAAGAAAACGGUCAGGCUUUGAGGUUGCAAGGCUAUUCACUACUAUUCCACCAGACCAACAAAUGAUUCUGAAAAGCCACAGCAACCCAUGGCCAGGCAAAGC